AUGCAUGUUGCUGCGUCGGAGCCAAAGCUGCAGGAGCUGCGAAAGGGCUGUGCCGAGCACGGCGAAGCCUGGCUCCGCGACGAGCUCGGGAAGCGGACUCGCGAUCAGCCGUGUGGUCGUGCCGCAGCGCUCGUCCUGGUCGAUGCUGUUGCUGCGUCGGAGCAAAAGUUGCAGGAGCUGCGAGAGGGCUGUGCCGAGCACGGCGAAGCCUGGCUCCGCGACGAGCUCGGGAAGCGGACUCGCGAUCAGUUGCGUGGGCUCGCUGUCGCUGCGGAUGCGCAGCAGAAUAUCGCGGCGCAUUGCCGAGCAGGACGCUUCAAGGGGAAUCGCUGUCGUUGA